UAAUGGAAUAAAUUUUAAUGAUUAAAAUUCUGACCUAAAAAUCAAAGGCAGUUAAUACGCUGAAUCUGAAUUAUUAAUAAUCAAACCCCUGCAAACAAAUAAGACCUCGUAUACACACUUUAAUUAAAUUAAGAUCAUAUUAUCUAGAAUUUAUUUCUCUUAAAUAAUUUUAUACAUUUUAAACUUAUGUGAUCCUUCAUAACUCCACAUAAUUAAAAUAUGUUUGAGAUAUAUGAACAUGACAUAAAAAAAAUUGUACAAAAUUAUUAAGAACACCCACCUUUUUUGCCUGAAUUUCUCCAACUACACCCAUUUUCUUCUGUAAUUUCAGUUCAGAAAAAGAAAAGUAAAAAGAAAAUUAACAUCACCAAACAAAAAUAUCCUAUCAUUUUUUUCACGAAACACGAAGCUAACAAAUCAAUACAGUAAACUAGGGUUCCCAAAUUCCCUCUUCUUUCUCCCGGUAUUUUUCCAAUACUUCUCAUACUUUCAUGUUUCUAUCGGAAUAUCUUGUUUUCUCAGCUUCGUCAAUUCGAACUUUGCAUAUUUGCUAACUAUUCUUGAUUGCGAUAUUUUUCUAGCUUUGACUUUUUUUUCUUCAGGAUUUCGUAUUUGAGAGAAAAGGGAAGAUUUGUGCAUAUUUAUUUGAAAGAGGGAGGAAUUUGCAUAAUUGUGGUUUAUGGGUGUUUUGGUUUGUGAAUUUUUUUAUUUUUCAAUUUAUGUGUUAUUUUCAAUUUAGGGUUUCAAGGAGUUUAUUGAAUUGUGUGAGUCGAUGGAUUCUGAAAGUAUGAUCCCGUCUACCAGUGUGGUCAAAUGUUGUGAUUGCGAGUGCAAUUGCUCCAUAACGAGUAGUUCAUUUUCGGGGAAUUGGAUACGCUGUGAAGCAGAAAUUUGAUGAAUAUGAUGAGAUUGAGAAGAAAUUUGUGAUCCCGGGUUUAGUUUUGCCGCAAGAGGCUCGUAAAGAUAUGGGAAAUGAGUGUAUUGCUUUAAGGGAAAUGGUUUGUGGACAACAGGAGACGAUUCAGGAAUUGAGUGUUGAGCUGGAGGAAGAGAGGGAAGCGGCAUCCUUAGCUGCUAAUGAAGCUAUGUCGAUGAUUUUGAGGUUGCAAAGGGAAAAAGCUGAUUCACAAAUGGAAUUUAGGCAAUUUAAAAUGUUUACCGAGGAGAAAAUGGCUCAUGAUCAGCAAGAGAUGAUGGCGUUGGAGGAUUUUUUGUAUUAGAGGGAGCAAGUGAUUGAGUCGUUGACUUGUGAAGUGCAAAUGUAUAAGCACGAGAUGUUGAGUUAUGUGCUAUUGGAGUCUGAGGUUGAGUAUGAUGGUGAGAAAGAGAAUGGCUAUUUUAGCCGGAACAAUAGUGUAGGUGAGAGUUCCGAUGGCCGCUUUGACAUUCCUUCUUAUGAUUACCCUCCCUUGAAGAGCACUAUAAAUGAGAACCAAAUGCAUACUGAGGUUAAUGAUGAGGUUGUCGAUAUUGAUAAAUAUGCAUUUGGGGAGGCCCCACGAUCAUGUGAUAAUUUGCGAUAUCUGGGGAAGAGGAUCAAUCAGUUGGAAACAACACCAAGUAGUCGGACUAAUGGGGAAGUAUUUAACAACAAUAUCCUUGAAAAAGCAAUAGUUGCUCAGUCUCCUUUUGUACCAAAUAAAGAAAUAUGCUCAGAUUUCAUCUCAGGUUCUCCAAAAUUUGGUGGAAGUGUUGGAAAAGCAGAAAAUUCGCAAACAGAGGAGUAUGCAAACUUAGGAAGGUGGAUGAGUCAUCGGAAGUUGGGGAUGAAAUGAGUGUCAAGGUUUAUACAAUUGACUCUAUACAUCAGGGUGCUGGAUAUAAUGGUAACUCAGAGACCAAGGGUUUAGUUCAUACCCCAAGAGAUUCCCUAAAUCAUACAGAUUUUGGAGAUCCUCAGGUCACAAAGCUUUACCUUAGGCUGCAGGCCCUUGAUGCUGAUCGGGAAUCAAUGAGGCAGGCUAUCAUUUCUAUGCGGACUGAUAAAGCACAGCUGAUAUUGCUUAAAGAAAUUGCUCAGCAGUGGUGUAAAGAAGCGUCUCCAGAAAGGAGGACACCUGUUAGGAAGACAUCUGUAGUCAAGAGCUUUUCUUUCAUCUCCAUAUUCAAGGUACUUGUUUGGGUUGACAGCCAACAGGGUGGGCUUGCUUAUGUUGUUAGACAAGGGACCUCGUGUUGGGCAAUGGAGAUGUCUUUCAAGUACGCAAGUGUGAAACCAACACUCUUUGGUCCACAUCGACUUCCGCAUCUCUUAUGCUCAUCUGCAUGAAAGCAGAGCGGAUUUUAGUCAGAUAGUUGCUUUUUGGAUGUUCAUUCAUUUGUUCUCGCCCUAUAUGCCUUGCUGCUGCGAAUUUGGGUACUGGAUUACUUUGUGCGUUGUUCUUUUCACUUGAUUGUUGGAAUUGAAUACAUCUUGAUGAAACAUUCGGCAAAAAUUAUAGUUGUUCCUCAGCCAUCUAGAACUUGGAUCUUAUGGUUUGGUGGAAUUUCACUUUAGGUUAGUUACUUUUGUAUAUUGUAGAUUUGUGAAUAAUCUUUUUUUGGUGGCCUCUCAAUACAAAAUGAGUGCUUUGUUUGGUAUUGAAAUGUAGUUGAUUAAUUGAUUGAAUAGAAUGAGUGCAGUUUUGCAUGUCUUUAAAUAAGUUCUCUUUUCAUCUUAA